AUGCGCCCGCGCCGGGGCAGCGGCCCGGAGCUGGGCAUCAAGUGCGUGCUGGUGGGCGACGGCGCGGUGGGCAAGAGCAGCCUGGUGGUGAGCUACACCACCAACGGCUACCCCGACGAGUACCAGCCCACCGCGCUGGACACCUUCUCAGUGCAGGUCCUGGUGGAUGGAGCCCCUGUCCGGAUCCAGCUGUGGGACACUGCUGGACAGGAGGACUUUGACUGUUUGCGCUCACUCUGUUACCCAGACACUGAUGUCUUCCUUGUCUGCUUCAGUGUGGUAAACCCAAGCUCUUUCCAAAAUAUUACUGAGAAAUGGAUUCCUGAGAUACGAACUCACAAUCCCCGGGCCCCAGUGCUGCUAGUGGGGACACAAGCAGACUUGAGGGAUGAUGUCAAUGUCCUUAUCAGCCUGGACCGCUACCAUGUGAAGCCUGUGCCCAGGCCUCAGGCAGAAGGCCUAGCUGACAAAAUCCGCGCUGAAGCCUACCUGGAGUGCUCGGCACUGACCCAAAAGAACCUCAAAGAAGUUUUUGACAUGGCCAUCGUCAGUGGUGUUGAGCACAAAGCUCGACAGGAAAAGAAAAUGACAGCCAAAGGUAUCAAAACCCUCUCGAAGUGUCGCUGGAAGAAAUUCUUCUGCUUUGUCUGAAGCUGCUUUGCGGUUGGGCGGGAAAAAGAAACACAUGACGCCAGUGUUGGCUCCGCACCUUCUUGGAGUGACUGCUCCUAUGGCCCCAGCAAGGAGGUUAUGAUAAGCUGCUGGGCUUGGAAACUUGGCUUUUGCUGGGUUACAGUAUCAGAUGCCUAGGAGACAUGAACUGGAUCUCCAUUGUACCAAGAUGUGGAUGGUCCAAGGCAGCUAUAAGUACCUGCUGGACAUGUCUGUAGUAUCCCAGACUAAUGGGAGCCUUUGAUACGCAAAGACUCAGUACUACAGAACAGGCAGGUACCUUAUAUCGUUCAAAAUGACUAGCUUUUUCUCUGAA